AUCACAAUACAAACAAUAAUACUCGAGAAACACUACACAAUGGCAGACAUUCCGGAAAAAAGUUCUUACUACAAGAAGGAAAGAAGAAAGUUCGCUCUGAUCACUUACCUACUAACCGCGAUAUUCCUGAUCCUUGCGCUGUUGCAAUGGGCCACUUUCCGCUUUGUAAAUUUUCUAAGGGAAUUUUUUACUUCGUACCAUUGGUUGAGCUGCCUUUUUUUUGGAAUAGGCCUGAUACUCCUCGUACUUUUCAUAUUUUUCGAGGUACUGCGCUUUAAUAAAAUGGUAAACUGGUUGUUUGCCUUUCUAAUUUUUGAAUGCAUUGUACUGGGGAUUGCACCGCUGGUUGCCCGCCACUACAAGUAUCAGUUUCUCUUCAGCUUCCUUAUAUGGACCGUAGCAUUGGCGCUUUUUAUUGUCUGUGGUUCCUUUCUUCCGCUGGAUCUUACUUUGGAUGUUGUGGUGCUAUUUGUGCUUGCAGUGGUUUCCAUUAUCGGCGCCAUAUACUUCGUGAUGCUCUACAUCGUGGCUAAUGUCGCAUACUCGUUUAUAAUCGCCCGUUGCUUUAUAGUGAUCAGCAUCUUGAUGUUUGUCAUGUAUCACGCGCAGAUUAUAAACGGUGGAAGGUUCGCCGAGAUGCGCACGAAGGACUACUUCCUGGCAGCCAUCAUACUGUUCCUCGAUUUCCUGCUCCUCUAUCUUUUCUCAUUCCAAGUGGCCCCAAAAUGGUCGGAUCGUUGCGAUGGCGAACGUUCAAAAAACUUGGUGCUGUUCACAGAAACUACGACGAAUUCGUAUCCACCAAAAUGGUGGCGUACGAGCACGAAGGAUACCCCCUAAAGUCGUUAGCCAACACUGCCGCCCGUUUGGCGCCAAACACAACAGCCAGCUGAUUUCAUUUCGCGUUCCUACCGGUGAAGAAACUUUAAUUGGCACAGAGCUGACCUAAACAAAUAAAUAAAUAAACGCAACCCGGCGACUUAAAGACUCCACGACAUCGGGCCGCAGUGCAAAGCCAGCGAUGGAUCCCACCAUUUCAGUGUCCAAGGGCUGUUUUGUCUACAAAAAUGGCGCUACGAGAGCAGGGAAAAAGGCGGCCAGCAAACGGAAGCGUCCUGCCGCAGAAUCCAGUAGUCUUCUUGGCAAAGAGGUAGUGCAGCAGCCCUUCUAUGAGGAAUAUCGCAAGGCCUGGAAUCAGAUAAACGAUCACAUUGCCGACCUGCAGCACCGCAGCUAUGCCCGCACUCUGGAGCAACUGGUGGACUUUGUGGUGGGGCAGGCAGAGCGCGACACCCCGGACGAGGUGCUGCCCACCGCCGCCUUGCUAACGGGCAUUAAUCAGCCGGAUCAUCUCAGCCAGUUCACGGCACUUACCCAGCGACUCCAUGCCCAACGUGCUGCAAUGGUAUGUGUGCUGCAGUCCAGGGAUUGCGCCACUCUCAAGGCGGCCGUUGAGACAUUGGUUUUCGGGCUCGUAGAAGAUAAUGCAGAAGUGGAGCAAAUGGAAGACGAGGACGAGGACGAGGAUGGUGCCGAACGGGAUCGCAAGCGGCUACGUCGCUCGCAGUGCACCAUGAAGCAGUUGAAGUCUUGGUACACGAACAAUUUUGACUCGGAACAGAAGCGCCGCCAGCUGGUCGUCAUCCUUCCCGACUUUGAGUGCUUUAACGCAAGCGUGCUGCAGGAUCUUAUUCUAAUUUUGAGCGCUCACUGCGGCUCGCUUCCAUUCGUCCUGGUCCUGGGAGUGGCCACGGCCAUGACAGCUGUCCAUGGGACACUACCAUACCACGUCAGCAGCAAGAUUCGUCUAAGGGUGUUCCAGACUCAAGCUGCUCCCACGGGCCUUAAUGAGGUGCUGGAUAAAGUUCUGCUGUCGCCCAAGUACGCUUUCCACCUGUCGGGAAAGACAUUCAAGUUCCUGACGCACAUCUUCCUAUACUACGACUUCUCCAUCCACGGCUUUAUUCAGGGCUUCAAGUACUGCCUGAUGGAACACUUCUUUGGUGGGAAUGCCUUUGCUCUUUGCACAGACUACAGCAAAGCAUUGGGACGCAUAAAGCAGCUGACCCACGAGGAUAUGGAAACCAUCAGAAGGCUCCCAUCGUUUCGUCCGUACGUCGAGCAGAUCAAUGAUUGCAAACGCAUCAUAGCCGUGCUCACGGACGAUGACUACCUAAAGAAGAAACUGCCGCAGUUGCUGCGCGACUGCCUGCUCCACUUCCUGCUUUUCCGCUGCUCUCUGGAGUUCCUUACAGAGCUGGUUGGUGAUUUGCCGCGCUGUCCGCUGGGAAAGCUACGCCGGGAACUGUACGUCAACUGUCUUAAUCGUGCGAUCAUUUCGACGCCGGAGUACAAGGAGUGCCUGCAGAUGCUAAGCUUUCUGUCCAAGGACGAAUUUGUUGCUAAAGUGAAUCGAGCCCUGGAAAGAACCGAACAGUUCCUGGUUGAAGAAAUUGCUCCGCUGGAAUUGGGCGAGGCCUGCACUGCUGUGCUGAGACCUAAGUUAGAAGCUAUACGCCUUGCAGUGGACGAAGUGGUCAAGGCCACCAUGGCGACAAUUACAACGACAUCGCCCAAUGAAACCCGCCAGGCGACUGACCAUUUGACUCCGGUGGCCUCGCGUCAAGAAUUGAAAGAUCAGCUCCUACAGCGUAGCAAGGAGGACAAGAUGCGGCAUCAGCUGAACACGCCCACCACCCAAUUCGGACGAGCUCUACAAAAGACUCUGCAGCUUAUCGAAACGCAGAUUGUACAGGAUCAUCUCCGUGCGCUGCAGGAUGCACCACCUAUUCACGAACUUUUUGUGUUCAGCGACAUUGCUACCGUGCGGCGAAACAUAAUUGGUGCUCCGCGGGCUGCACUGCACACUGCCCUGAAUAAUCCACAUUUUUACAUGCAGUGCAAGUGCUGCGAGCUACAAGAUCAAUCACUGCUGGUUGGCACACUGCCCGAUCUCUCCGUGGUUUACAAGCUGCACCUGGAGUGCGGUCGCAUGAUCAACCUUUUCGACUGGCUGCAGGCCUUUCGAUCUGUUGUGAGCGACAGCGACCACGAGGAAGUGGCCCAGGAACAAAUCGAUCCCCAGAUCCAGGCCCGAUUCACGCGUGCCGUAGCCGAGUUGCAGUUUCUGGGGUACAUUAAGAUGUCGAAGCGCAAGACGGAUCAUGCCACUCGAUUAACCUGGUAGCUCGCUCGGGCUAUGAAUAACCAAAAUCCCUUAGGUAUUUUUAUCUUUUCUAUUUAUUUAUAUUGGGGCAAAUUUCAUGUGUGGGACGUUAUGAAUAAAUAAAACAUCAAUCGAUUUGUCUACUCUGU